AUGGCGCGGGAAGAGUCCCUCCUACCUCCGCGCCUGUCCGAGGACGGCUCGUCGAUUCGAAAUGAAGAGGAGGACUACGCUCUCCUGACCGGCGAGCGAACGACCCCUCAACACAAGGGACGAGUCUGGCCUUCCUGGCGGGAAAUUGGAGUGUUCUCCUGGGCCCUUCUUGCAACAAUUUUGGUAAUUGUGCUAGCCGUGAUCUACCCACGCAAGCCAGCUGAGCCUCAUGACCAUCAUUCGUCAAAUACCACCUGGGGCCCUGGAGGCAAGCCGACAGGCAAGCGGAACAUGAUCUUCAUGGUGUCUGACGGCAUGGGGCCUACUAGUCUCUCGCUGACUCGGGGCUUCCGGCAAUACACGGACGAUCUGCCAUUCGACGAUAUUCUGGUCUUGGAUAAACACUACAUUGGAACCUCGCGAACACGGUCAAGCUCUAGCUUGGUGACAGACUCUGCGGCUGGAGCGACGGCUUUUUCGUGUGGUCGCAAGAGCUACAAUUCUGCCAUCUCAGUGCUUCCCGACCACUCGCCUUGUGGAACUGUGCUCGAGGCGGCUGCGUUGGCGGGUUAUAAGACAGGUCUGGUUGUGACCACCCGCGUAACGGAUGCGACCCCAGCAUGCUUUGCCUCGCAUGCCAAUUUGCGGAACUACGAAGAUCUGAUCGCCGCCCAAGAGGUUGGAGAACACCCUCUCGGCCGGGUCGUAGAUCUUCUGCUUGGCGGUGGGCGGUGCCAUUUCUUGCCCAACUCACAGGAUGGCAGCUGCCGUGGUGAUGACCAUGAUUUGAUCAAGGUCGCUGCUCAGAAUGGGUUUGGUUAUAUCAAUGACCGUGCGGGCUUCGAUAGCCUCCAGGGCGGCGAUAAUGCCACUUUACCACUGCUAGGUCUCUUCGCUAGUGGGGAUAUCCCGUUCGAGAUUGAUCGACGCACUCAAAAUGAGACCUAUCCCUCUUUGGAGGAGAUGACUCGCACUGCCUUGAAGGCCUUGAGCAAGGCCACCGAGGAAAGUGAGCAAGGGUUCUUUAUCAUGAUUGAGGGCUCUCGCAUUGACCAUGCCGGCCAUGGCAAUGAUCCUGCUGCUCAGGUUCACGAGGUACUGGCAUACGACAGGGCCUUUGCUGCCGCGCUCGAGUUCCUAGAGAAUGACUCCACCCCUGGUGUGAUCGUGAGCACAUCUGACCACGAGACCGGCGGUCUUUCCGCAGCACGACAGUUGCACAAGACCUACCCUGAUUAUUUAUGGCUUCCGAGUGUCCUGGACAAGGCAAGCCACUCUGCCGAAUACCUUGCCGCUCAAUUAAAAGAAUAUCUUUCUGGGCCAGGCAAGGACGCCGACGAUUCAACUAAACAGUCUUGGCUCCGGCAAACUCUUAAGGAUGGGCUUGCCAUCGAUGAUGCUACAGACCAUGAAGUCGAUGCCUUGCUCCACCCGGUCCCCAACGUCACCCCGUCAUAUGUGUUUGCGGACAUGAUCAGCCGCCGCGCCCAGGUCGGCUGGAGUACUCACGGACAUUCUGCCGUUGACGUCAACAUCUACGCGUCGUCUACCAAGGACGCUUGGCCAUUGGUUGGCAACAAUGAGAACACCGACGUGGGAGACUUCCUCGCUGACUAUCUUGAUCUCAACGUCGACAACGUCACAAAGUUGCUACAGGACACCAAGUCUGGCGCCUUGCAAUCAUACGACUGGAUGGGUGAUCGCCUGGGCAUGAACUUCCAUACCGAGGGACUAGACACUUACCAUGGAGACUUCAGGAAGCGAUCUGCCGAUGAUUGUGGAUGUGGUGCUGCACACUAA